GCCCCGCCCUGUCCCGUUUAGACAAUGCCCCGGAGCCGCCAGACCGUCGCGCCCCCGCCCCACAGUAGUACUUGCGCUGGUCACCCGGGACUCCUCAAAGCCAAAACUCCAGUCCCCGAGGCUUGAAGACAAGCACCUUUGUCUACCAACUCUGUCCUCAGGGGGGUUGGGACCCCAGCCAAGAACACAGAGCAGCAGGAGUAGGGGUGGCUGCUGGAGACUUCCAUUCCCCAAGCCCUCUCUCCCCAGCUGUCUCCAGUCCCACAGCUCGCUCGUCGCACUUCGACAGUACGGCGAAACAAAAAAGAGGAAACUAAGAUCAUCGCUGCCGGCCGGAAGGGGCGUCUGUGUGGAUGGGAUGGGGACAUCUGGGGAAGGGCUGGGCCGCUGCACCCAUGCCCUGAUCCGCGGGGUCCCGGAGAGCCUGGCAUCGGGGGAGGGUGCUGGGGCUGGCCUCCCGGCUCUGGACCUGGCUAAAGCACAGAGGGAGCACGGGGUGUUGGGGGGUAAACUGAGGCAGCGACUGGGGCUGCAGCUGCUCGAACUGCCUCCUGAAGAGUCGCUGCCGCUGGGAACAUUGCUCGGUGACACCGCUGUGAUCCAAGGGGACACAGCCCUAAUCACGAGGCCCUGGAGUCCUGCCCGCAGGCCAGAGGUGGAUGGAGUUCGCAAAGCCCUUCAGGACCUGGGGCUCCGAAUUGUGGAGAUGGGGGACGAGAACGCGACGCUGGAUGGCACCGAUGUUCUCUUUACCGGCCGGGAGUUUUUCGUAGGACUCUCCAAAUGGACCAAUCACCGAGGAGCUGAGAUAGUGGCGGACACGUUUCGGGACUUCGCGGUCUCCACAGUGCCGGUCUCAAGCCCCUCCCACCUGCGCAGUUUCUGUGGCAUGGGGGGACCCCACACUGUGGUGGCCGGUAGCGGCGAUGCUGCCCAAAAGGCCGUCAGGGCAAUGGCAGUGUUGACGGACCACCCCUAUGCCUCCCUGACCCUCCCAGAUGAUGCAGCCGCUGACUGUCUCUUUCUGCGUCCUGGGUUGCCUGGUGUGCCCCCUUUCCUCCUGCACCGUGGAGGGGGGGACCUGCCCAACAGCCAGGAGGCACUGCAGAAGCUCUCUGACGUCACCCUGGUACCUGUUUCCUGCUCAGAACUGGAGAAGGCAGGUGCUGGGCUCAGCUCCCUCUGCCUGGUGCUCAGCACACGCCCCCACAGCUGAGGGCCUGGCCUUGGGAUCCUGGCUGGCCAGGGCCAGGGCAGCAUAGGGAAUAGAAGGGGAAGGAGGGUUAGACAGAGGAUGGUGAAUAGUUAGAAAUGGGGAGAAGGCCCCAAGAUAGGGGGAGGGCAUAGUG